AUGCCCGACGACACCGUCAACAACGUUCCUCUUUUGGAAGCCCUUUGCGAGACGAGAUGGACAGACUAUCACCCAAUCAACCCCCUUUUACUCAACGUCAUCAAGUCGAACCUCACUCCAAGCCUGGCCAAAGUCGCCGUCACACUAUCAGGUCACAUCCAACGUACGGUCUUGGACUCGCUCGGUUUUUGCACCGAAUGGACGGAAGUGGUGCUGUACGACAAACUGCUGAACAUGGUAGCCAUCAUCUCCGGCCGCAUCUUCAUCGGCCCCGAGCUUUGCCACAAGGAAGAGUACCUAGAGGCCAGUACAAUGUUUGUCAUCGACCUCUUCACGGCAGCAGCCAAAAUCAAGAGAUGGCCAAAGUUCUUGCGCUUUAUCGGCAAGCAUUAUGUCCCCGAGAUCAAGAAACUGGCCGAACACAGACAUCGUGCAGCUCAAGUCCUGGUCCCAGUCAUUGAAGAACGCAAGAGGCUGAACACCGAAGGUACCGAGGCACCGGAGGAUAUGCUGCAAUGGUUCAUCGCCAAAUCUAGCAAGUUCGGCAUGGACAGCAAUGAGCAACUCGCCGAGACGCAGCUUAGCUUGAACGUCGUCGCCAUUCAUACCACGACAAUGGCAGCCACGCACACCUUGUAUGACAUCGCAGCACGCUGUCCUGAUAUUAUCCCCGUCCUCCGGAACGAGAUCAAGUCCGUACUCGCCGCGAAUGAAAACGAAUGGACAACCAGCGCCCUCUUCCAGAUGAAGCUCCUUGAUUCCGUCAUGCGAGAGUCCCAAAGAUUCAAUCCCGCCAGCUUAAUCAGCUUCCUACGAACCAUCACGAAACCAGUGACCCUCAAAGACGGCACUACCCUCCCCACCGGCACCAACAUCGCGGUGCCCAUGGUCGGUCCUCUACAGGAUGAUUCUCACUACACCGAUCCAAACCUAUUCGACCCCUACCGCUUCGUAUCGAUCCGCGACGAGAUGCGCAGCGAUCCGUUGCAGUACGCCAAUAAGGAACAGUAUCAAUUCGUGUCUUCGACCAAGGAAAACAUGGCCUUUGGCUUCGGUCGCCACGCGUGUCCUGGACGAUUCUUUGCUGCCACCGAGAUCAAGAUGCUCCUCGCGAGACUUCUACUCGAGUACGAUAUCCGAAUGCCAGACGGGGUACAACACCGCUACGAGAAUAUUGUAAGAGGUGAUAUGAUUGAACCGGAUCAUACGAAGACAAUGUUGGUGAGGAAAGCCACUGUACUGAAAGAGUGA